UGAACCUUGAUCGCACCUUUGGCCGGCUUCAAACACGACAACAGAAAGUUCGACGAUUCAUCCAUACGGCACCGUAAAAGACUACAUCAGAAUCACCAUGCUCUCGUUUCCGACCCCUUCAGUCUACCAGUCGUCGAAAUGCUUCGUCACCUACGGGGUUAUGGGCCAUCUUGACCCUAAUCAGCCACCAACCAAAAGCAAGCCAUGGUCAACAGUUGCAGGCCAGGACUUCAUCAACAGGGUCGAACUUAUCAUACCUCAAGAAGCCUUUGAAGUGGUGCGGAAAUUUUUGAACGAAAAGGCAGCACCUGAGUUUCAACGAGUGGUCAUGUCCUUGCACGACAUUUUGUCUGGUGACUUCUUCACUGAAUACAUUAAGAAGGGGAACGUUAUGAUGCUGUCGGAAGGGAGGAAAGGGAUCGACAACGUUUUUACAUUCAGAAAUGGCAUCUUGACAAUGUUAUUGGACAAGGAAGCAUAUGAAAGAGCAGGUCUUGUUGGCAAGCCUGACGGAGUGAAAGGAAAGCGUGGUCUGAAGCCCCGGUGGGUCGUUGAAGUCGACCUCACGAGUUCGUCGAUGGUCCCAGGCAAGAAAGGAUUCGACAGACUGAUCUAUGCGAGCAAGAACGCUUUCAAUACACCAAUCACUUGGCUAUUCUGCAACCUUUCUUCCACCAUCCCCAAUCCAGAUCCCCUCGCGCCACAUUCUCCGACCAGGUGUGCAGCAGAGCCCAGUGUCCUGGAAAACCUCGACGCCAUGUUGCCGACCCUGAAGCCUCCGGUUGACGCAAUCGGACCAGAGGGGAGAGAGGAACUCGAAUACUUCUCCACCGAGCUCUAUGAGUGGCUAUCACUCGUCCGACUGCAGAGCCCCCGAAUUCAGGUGGGCGACCAGGUUGAUCCGUAUCUUUGCCGAUAUCAGGUGCCUGGCGAUGGCCAGCAAGGCAAGAUCUGCAAGCUUACUUGGCAGGGCUUUCUUGCUCCGUCCUGGUGUCGGGAGAUUCUCCUCAAUCUCGUUGCUGAACUCCCAUCGAAAACUUGGUUCUCGUUCAGCACGACGACCUUCUCCAAGGGCAUGGCUGGGGACAACUCUGAGAUUUCUCUCUUUCGACCCCAAGGAGCGCCGGGGGAAUAUGUAAUGUGGGAGAUCAAGAGCCAUGAGUGAAAAGUAAUCGGCGUUUUAUGGCGAAAUGUCUCAUUCCUGUCUAGGUCCUAGGAUGGCAUCCUCCACCAACUGGCGCAAUGCCGCCUGUCCCUCGGCAGUCUCAAAGUCCUCUCUCGAGGCAAGCUCUUCAAUCCGCCUGCGGAACUCGGGAUCCGGCUCCCCAGCAUUCUCCGCCUCGUUCAUUGUACCAAUCUGUACUUGUAGACCCUCGGGAGCCGGGGGAAGGUCCGCUGGCGUGACUCCGUUUGUCGUGCCAUGGGCAGUGGUAGUGGUGUUGGCCUCGCCUUCCAGACCACUGAGGUAUUCUGCGACCUCGGGAUAAUCCUCCUCGGCCUCGAUCUUCUCUCUCGCGGUCUGACCCUCGUCGUUCACAAUGGUGGUGUCCAGCUUCAGCUCCUCGGCUAGGACCUUGGCAGCGGCGACGGUUUCGACGACAAAGAGCGCUGUCUCGCCAUCUUCGUCCUUGAGGUCCACUGGGACCU